AUGCUCCCAUCGGGGAAGGCGUCAUCAAGUCCGAGUAAGGAUACCUCGCAGUCUCGGCCUGCGACGCUCGGUUCUACUGUAGAACCCCUGUCCUCGCGUCCAGAGAGUGCGAGGAAGAAACUUACAGCAACGUUUGUCAUUGAAGAUUCAGGUAUGGCAAACACCAAGGAUGAACCAAAACGGGAGAAAAAGGCGCAAAUGGAGGCGAAAAAGAGACGUUUGGAGUCUCUUACUGAUAAUUUUGACAAGGGAGAUGUAUUAAAAACUACUUGCUCUCACCAAUGGAGAACUAGUCCUGGUAAUACCUCGCUCGCGAGAUCAAAUAAACUCAAGAAAAACUAUGAAUGA